AUGGAAGGGGCCGCUGCGCCCUCGGCAGGGGACAGCCCCGACCCGAGGCUGGGGGCGCCGGGCUCUCCCCCGGCGGCGGCUCCGGAGCCCAGGAAGCCGCACGGGGUGAAGCGCCAUCACCACAAGCACAACUUGAAGCACCGCUACGAGCUGCAGGAGACCCUGGGUAAAGGCACCUACGGCAAAGUCAAGCGGGCCACCGAGAGGUUCUCGGGCCGCGUGGUUGCUAUAAAAUCCAUUCGUAAGGACAAAAUUAAGGAUGACCAAGACAUGGUUCACAUCAGACGAGAGAUUGAGAUCAUGUCAUCCCUCAGCCAUCCUCAUAUCAUCAGUAUUUAUGAAGUGUUCGAGAACAAAGACAAGAUUGUGAUCAUCAUGGAGUAUGCCAGCAAAGGAGAGCUGUACGAUUACAUCAGCGAGCGGCGGCGCCUCAGCGACCGGGAGACCAGGCACUUCUUCCGGCAGAUCGUCUCCGCCGUGCACUACUGUCACAAGAAUGGCGUGGUCCACCGGGACUUGAAGCUGGAAAAUAUCCUGUUGGACGACAACUGCAAUAUUAAGAUUGCAGACUUUGGGCUUUCCAACCUGUACCAGAAGGACAAGUUCCUGCAGACGUUUUGUGGAAGCCCACUCUACGCAUCUCCUGAAAUUGUCAAUGGGAGGCCCUACCGAGGACCAGAGGUGGACAGCUGGGCACUGGGCGUGUUGCUCUACACUCUCGUGUAUGGAACUAUGCCCUUCGACGGUUUUGAUCACAAGAAUCUCAUCCGGCAGAUCAGCAGUGGUGAAUACCGGGAGCCCACGCAGCCCUCAGAUGCUCGAGGACUCAUCCGCUGGAUGCUGAUGGUGAAUCCGGAUCGCCGUGCCACCAUCGAGGACAUCGCCAACCACUGGUGGGUAAACUGGGGCUACAAGAGCAGUGUAUGUGACUGCGAUGCCCUUCAUGACUCUGAGUCCCCACUGCUGGCACGGAUCAUUGACUGGCACCACCGUUCCACCGGGCUGCAGGCUGAGACGGAAGCCAAAAUGAAGGGCGUGGCCAAGCCCGGGGCCUCGGAAGUCGUGCUGGAGCGGCAGCGAUCGCUGAAGAAGUCCAAGAAAGAGAAUGACUUUGCCCAGUCUGGCCAGGACUCAGCACCCGAAAGCCCGUCCAAGCUGAGUCCCAAGAGGCCUAAGGGGAUCCUGAAGAAACGAAGCAACAGCGAGCAUCGUUCUCACAGCACAGGCUUCAUUGAAGGUGUUGUGGGACCCGCCAUGCCUGCUGCCUUCAAGAUGGAGCAGGACUUGUGUCGGACUGGAGUGGCCCUCCAGACCUCCCCGGAGGCAGAUGUGCCGGGCAAACUCAGCCCCAAGCAGUCGGCCACGCUGCCCAAGAAAGGCAUCUUGAAAAAGACGCAACAGAGGGAAUCGGGUUACUACUCAUCGCCAGAGCGAAGCGAGUCCUCUGAGUUGCUGGACAGUAAUGAUACCCCCGGCAGCGGCCUCCCGUCCCCCACGCCCCCAGACCCAGCUCGAGGUCCCUCCCACAGCCUCUCCUGCCGGAGGAAGGGCAUCUUGAAACACAGCAGCAAGUACUCGGCGGGCACUCUGGACCCGGCGCUCGGCAGCCCUGAAAUGCCCACACUGGAAUCCCUGGCAGAGCCCGGCAUCCCGGCCGAGGGCCUGUCGCGGAGCUAUAGCCGUCCCUCCAGCAUCAUCAGCGAUGACAGCAUCCUCUCUAGCGACUCUCUGGACCUGCUGGACCUGCAGGAGAACCGGCCUGCUCGCCAGCGCAUCCGCAGCUGUGUCUCGGCCGAGAACUUCCUCCAGAUCCAGGACUUCGAGGGGCUCCACAACCGGCCCCGCCCCCAGUACCUGAAGCGCUACCGAAAUCGGCUGGCGGAUAGCAGCUUCUCUCUCCUCACAGACAUGGAUGAUGUGACUCAGGUGUACAAAAAGGCUCUGGAGAUAUGCAGCAAGCUCAACUAGCCCUGGGGGA